AUGACAACCGGUCAUCUCCUCCACCAAUCACAUCCCUCCGUUGGCUUGAGGAUGAGGGAGAUUUGAAGAUGAAGGACUCUAUUUAUCAGAUCUGCACAGCAACCAUCGGCCACACAUCGCUUGACUUGUUGGGGUUUGCCAGAUUUGGGACAAACUCGGCUUCGGGGUUUGUGAAGAUGCUUUGCUCUCAGAUGAAGGUGCUUGUUGUGGCUUUGUGCUCCUCCAUGCUGGCGCUCCACGUCAGCUCUGCUCCACAAAUGGAUGAACUCACGGAAACCCUACAAGCAGAACUGAUCAGUGAUAAGGAUCUAACCGGCUUGCUCUUGCUGAGGCUCAUGUCUGAACUGACGGCGUCCAGAGGAGAAGAGAUGCUCCGCGAGCAGGAGGAGGAGGAGGAGGACGAACUCGGAGGCAGGCAGAGGCUGAUGAGACGACACAUCCGCUUCACCCACCGAGAGCGCAAGGCAGGCUGCCGAAACUUCUUCUGGAAGACUUUCACCUCAUGUUAGCAUGAGACGCAUUGGGACCUCUAAACGUGGAAUAAUUACGUUUUUCAAACGAGUCGCUGCAAAGUAACAAGUAUGGCUUUGGUCACCUGAAAUGUAUAAUUCAAAAUAUUUAAACUCUUCUGAAAUAAAAGAUAACUUUUGAACCUCCAUUUACUACGUCAGGUAACAUAUUAUUGUUACUGAGCCAGGAAAGUAACGUAAAUGCAUAGAAGUGUCUUAAUACAGAGCAACUCAUGCACAAAUAACAACAUGCAUUAAGAUAAAUAUCCACCCUUUUACUGCACGUUCAAUAAAAUACGUGCUUUUUAUUAUUUAACAUGUUUAUUCAGCCCCCCCAAGAAACAGCGCCAAGAGUAAAUCUGACACUUGCAGGACCGGUUCACAACAUCUCAAAAAGCACAUUAAUGAAGUCGGCGUAAUUCAGGACCUUAAAAAGUCGUCCGAGCAACAACGAAACGUUUACCUUUAGUGAUGGAACUGCAGUAAAAAUACUUCACGAGGUUAAGUAACAGGUGAAAUAUCCGAACCGUUUUAGCAAAAGUCACAGUCAACCAAGCAGGAUCAUUACGACGCCGAGAUGAAAUCCUUGAGGUAAGGCUUUCAAAUCUGUAGCCCUUUAGGUUUAAAAAAAAAAAAAAAAAGGACGGAAAACAGGGAU